UGGCGGGUGCGCGGGUGGAGCAAAACGAACCGUCAAAUGAAACGUCUAUCGAUUGUGUAAUUUUGUGUGUUGUAUUUUAUAAUAAUUUUGUAUGACUUUAACAAAGAAAAUAAUUAAUAAAGUGCUCAUUAUUACACACCGAUUAUAUACGGAGAAUCAUAUUAAAAAGGAAUAAGUCAGAAAAAAUUGAACCGCCACGUUUGUGUUGUGGAUAUUCUAGAUGCAGUACAAUAAAUAUUUCCCUUUUGUUUUCUGUUCUGUGUUGUUUGUUGUGCAAUAACAAUUAAUUGGAAAUUAUGGUUGAGAACGGUGCAUCUAGUGGUGGGAGCGACAGCCCCAAUGCCACUUGCUCGCGCUCAGGACUUCUUGAAACUCUAGUUCGUGGAGUAUGGUAUCGGGUACAUUGCUCUUUGGAGGAUGAUUAUCUGAGUGUUUGUUUGGAUGACGGGUACGAUGCUACAACCACACUUAACGGAACGCUUAACAACAACAAUGUAGAGACACCUAACAGUGACUUCACUGAAGUACCUGAAGCUAUAGCAAACCAGAAAAGAUUAGUACAGGUGGUAAAGUCAGACAAUAAUGGGCUUGGUAUAUCUAUAAAAGGUGGCAUUGAAAACAAUAUGCCAAUAUUGAUAUCUAAAAUAUUCAAGGGUAUGGCAGCGGAUCUAACGGAACAGUUGUAUGUGGGAGACGCAAUUCUUUCAGUUAAUGGAGAAGAUUUGAAAGAUGCCACACAUGAAGAAGCUGUUAAAGCUUUAAAAAGAGCAGGAAAAAUGGUUCAACUAGAAGUGAAAUAUCUGCGUGAAGUCACGCCAUAUUUCCGUAAAGCAUCGAUAAUAAGCGAGGUGGGAUGGGAACUACAAAGGGGCUACAUGGCGGAGGCUCCUCCUUCGCCGCCGUCACCGCGCCGCCGCCGUGCUGAUACCCGCUAUGUACCGCUGCUGAUGGCAUGUGUGGCUAAAAACCUUCGACAUAAUGACCCAGAGGAACGCACAAUCGAAGUUUACUCUCCCGAUGGUGUUCACGCUUUGGCUCUCAGAGCGAGCUCAGCGGGUGCUGCGGCGGGCUGGCACAGAGCAUUGCAUGCCGCCGCCCGGCGCGCCGCACGUGCUGCUCUGGCGAGAGCUCGGCCGAGACUGAGGCCAUUGUUAGGGGAUGUCCGGUACGCGGGAUGGUUGGCUAGGCGUCCGCCGCAGGAUCAUGUUAGCGCUUCAGGGGGUUCUGAUAGUUCGGAUGAAGCAGAGGGCUGGCAGCCAACAUUCGUGGCCAUUACAGAUCGUGAACUGAGAUUGUAUGAGGCGGCACCGUGGUCCGGUGAGGCGUGGUGCGCGCCCAGCGAGAGCUUCAGCCUCGCCGCCACGCGCCUCGCCUGGUGGCGCCGCGCCGCGCACGGGGGCGCCACGCUCGGCCUGCGCGCCGGCACGCCCGCCGGCCUCGUGGUGCGAGCCCUCCGCGCGGACACGCCGCACGACCUGGCGGCGGUGGCGGGCGCGCUGGUGGACGGCGCACACGCGGCCGUGCGCGCGCAGCCGGAGUUCACCUUCCGCUGCAGAUUCCGCGGCGCGUGCGCGCGCUUGGCGCUGGGCGCGGGCGGCGUGUGCGUGUGGGAGGCGGCGGGCUCGCUGGGCCGCGGCGGCGCGCGCGCGCUGUACCGCCGCCCGCUGCACGCGCUGCGCGCCUCCGCCGACGACGACCGCGCCCAGCUGUGGCUGCACUUCGCCGACGACGACACGCUGGAGCUAGACAUGGAAGGCAGCCCGAAGCCGGCAGUAUUCAUCCUGCACAACUUGCUCUCCGCGCGCGUGCACUCACUGCCGGGAGAAGCGGCCACGAACCCGCUAUAACCACCGCACUAUCUGGACUCCUCUCCGGACUACUAGUCCUUGACGAGUCCAAACCAAGAUGCAAAUUAUGGACAAGUCAAAUCUAUAGAUCUGAUGCUGAUCUGAUUGAAACUUAUUCUGUGCUCUGUGUGUGUACAAGUGAUUAGUUAGUGCGAUCUAUUUGUGUUUAAAUGUGAAUGGACAAGUGAAAAUUAUCUGAAAAAAGUAACGUGAUUUCUGGUUAUUGUAUGAAGAGAGUAUUGGCAGAUAUAGGUUUGAAUGAAUAAUCAUGACUUUUAUAAGUGUUUUUAAAAACUAAAUAUCAAAUCCUUUUUUAGCAUGAAUAGCUGGGAAUUCUCAACCUGAACUGCAAUGGUACUUCUUAAAGUACUCCUCUUAAUUAGUACUAACAUGACUAAAUCUAAACAUCUUUACACUUCUCAUAGUUUGAAGCUGUUGCUACUAUAGAUUAAGACAACAGAGUUUCAAAUACGAUAAUGGUUUGAUACACCUUUAAAGUUAUCUGAAUCUAUAGUUUUACUUUGUCAGUGAAAACGAACUUAGUUGAUAAUGUUCUAUCAUAAUCGAAGUAUCUGUGAUGCCUCACAUAAUCUUGUUAACAAAUAAUCAUAUCGACCUUUGUAUCUUUAUAAAUUGUAUCAUGUGUCUAUAAAACUUUACAUUCCACUUUGCAUUUGCCAUACAUUAGUUUAUUUUAUUUUAUAUUUUAAAGGCGACAAAUUUGUAUUAUUUAUCACAAACCAGGGCUAUGGACAUGUAAUAAAUUAUUGUGUUAAAAGAGUAAUAUCACUGCAAAAACUUUGUGCAUAUUAUAUUUUAUUUGUUAGAUUUAAGUUUUAAAAUGAAAGAAACAAAUAUCACAUCACAUUAAGUUUGUUAAACCUAUUUAGCAUUAAUAAUUUGAACAAGUACUUCUUUUACAUUAUUAAUUAGUAUUAUAAGAUCUGGUAAUUUCCAAAGAAUGAAUCUCACAAAAAUUCCAUUACAAUUAAGUAAUGCAUCUAUAUACUCAUAUUGAAAUUAGUGUGUCUUAAAGUACAUGAUAUAAUAACCUCAAUUAAUAAACAAAGUAAGGAUAAAAGAGUGUUUUUAUCUGAAAAAGCCAAUUACAAAAGGUUUUGCAUUGGAACAAUUUUGACUAUAGAAUAUCUACAGUCAUAUGUUCUAUUCAUUUCAUAGAAUACGAAAUAAUAUAAAACUUAAUAUUUCGAUUUCUAUGAUUGAUUUGCAAACGAAAAUUGUCAUAAUACUUUUUAAGACACUCCUAAGUGUUAUUCUUCGUGUGUAUAUAAUGUAUAAGUAGAUUAUAUAAAUCAUGACAUUCCCAGAAUGUAGAUUAGGCUUUAACAUUCGGUAGUUGUAUGUUAGUGAGCUAGAUAAGUGGCGUCUUCAUAAUAAGAUUUGGAUGUUACGUAGAGAUUACAAAAGGUCUAAUAUAGGAGGACAUACCAUGGACCUUUACUGCAUACAAACAUUGUUCCUUGUCUUUAUUACAUUUGAGCUAAGUUAUUUACAUGUGGAAUUCUUAUAUAUGUCUAACCUAUACUGUUGUUUUCAUGUUUAAUGACAAUCUUGGUCUGGGACUAUGCUCCUGUCAACAUUUUCAGAAAUUCUUCAUUAUCCUCUUUUAAAUUUUUAGAAGAAACAAUAUAUAGAUUGUUUUAACCUGGGAGAAUACAAUAAUAAAUAAUUCCAAACAAUGAAACAAAGGAAUUUGUAUUUAUGUAGAAAUGGUUCUUGGCCUUUCCUCCUAUGGCCGACAACGGGCAAUAUUUAAAGUGAUAACGAACGUUUUUAUUAGAAAUAUUUAUUUUAAUACAGGAUUUUUAUAGUUUGUUUAUAGCAGUUGUAGAAAUAUGUACUCUGAUUCUCCCAUAGCUCAUUCUAUCUAUAGACGAUGCUAAAUUAUCGAAUUAGAUAUUUCAUUUAUCUUAUUGCCUUAUAUCUUUAAUGUUAUGUACAUAUAGCCAAAUUUUUGGUAAUCUUGAUUGAAUAAUUUUCAUAGAAAAUGUAAUUAGGGACUUUUUAAAAUUGAAACCUGUAAUAUAUUCAUGUUUUUAUUUAUAAUUUGGUACCUAUAUCUUUAGACGCUAUGGCGACAGUCAACGCAGCCACACGCCUGCUCAGAAUAAUAAAAAUAUUAAAUAAAUAUUAUAACAUUUCUAUGUGACGGCGAAGAUAAUAUAAUGUGGUUCGAUCGCGUCUCGUAGUCUUGUUGCUGAUUGCGUUCAAAGCCUUUGUUGAGGUGUAUGUAUAUUUGGUUUAAGUUUACCUCUGUACUGUGUACUAUCUAUUUUAUAAGUAUCACGGUGACAUAUUAAAAUACUAACUUUUCUAAACUUUAACAUAUACCUAAGAAAAACUAUGUUACCAUUGUAUUUAAAUAAUUACGCUGAUAGUAAAUAGUGAAAAUAUUGGCUAAUUCACCUUUAAGAAGUUGCAUUCAACUGAUCAUCUAGAAUUUCUACUGAUGCCAUUUCUUAACGUUAUUUACUGUGUAAUGUUUGCUGUAAGAUUUAGUGAAUUUGUACAUGAGAUGAAUCUCACAAUAUGAUACAAGUACAUUUCGGUGUCACCUGUUGGUUGACUGGUAGGAAAAUCCAACGGCUUGAAGUCCGCCAUUCGCAUUUAUUGUAAUAAGAUAUAAUGCCUAAUAAAAAUAAAAUCAAGUUUAAAUUAAUGUCAAACAUUGGACUAUGCUACGUAUUGAUUGAUGAGUGCGGGAAAGAAGAGUCGGAAUAUAAGUACAUUCCUCCCUAUAUGCAUGAGAUGUAUAUAACGAAUAAAUUCAAAGUAAGCUAGCUCCUCUUUAUUUCGAUGAAAUUGUUGAAGAAUAGACCUUCAGGAGUAUAACAAAGGCUACUUUAAUUUCUGGCAAUUCCCUACGAGCGAAGCCCAGGAAAACGAC